UCGAUGUGCUUUAAAGAUGGAAUGUUGUUGAUCAUUUUCUCUAGGAAGAAGACACACUUAAAGUUGUACUUUUACACUGUAUUAUUGGCACGUUUAACUCUUUUAUUGGCACGUUUAAUUAACUCUUUUAUCGGCUUCUCUCAGUUCGUAAUAGCAACUUCAGCUUCCGGAUUGUACCUUAUACUGUUUGUAUAUUAUUUGCAAUAGCAGGAUUGUAUUUGAUUUGUAUAUAUUUGUUGAAGACUGCCUUGCUGUUCAGCAUGGUGUUCUUCACUUGUGACGCUUGUGGGGAAUCCCUGAAAAAAGGCCAGGUGGAAAAACACGUGACCAUGUGCCGUGGUUGCCAGGUCCUAUCGUGCCUCGACUGUGGAAAAGACUUCUGGGGCGAUGACUACAAAAAUCACAUCAAAUGCAUCAGUGAAGAUGAAAAAUAUGGCGGUAAAGGCUAUGAAGCAAAAGCCAAGAAAGGGGAUGUGAAGCAGCAUCAGUGGAUGCAGAAAGUUAAUGAAGCCCUUGAUAAGCCUGGAGUCGAGCCAAAUCUGAAAGAAGUACUCAAGCAAGUCAGCGCAUACGACAAUGUCCCAAGAAAAAAGGCAAAGUUUCAGAACUGGAUGAAAAACAGCUUGAGGAUUUCCAACACCAAACUACACCAACAAGUGUGGGACAUUCUCAAUGCCCCUGAUGUACCUCAGAAGAAUGAAGAACCAACGGAGACGACGACUCAAGUCAUAGUAAACGGCGAUGCUAACGAAAAACUGAAUGGCCACUUGAACACAAAGAAACAGAAACUUAACAAAAAAGAGCGCAAAGAAUUGCGUCAACAGGAAAACGGGAAAGGUUCAAAAAAGAAAGCACCGCUUGAAGACGAGGAGGAGCAGGCGACCAAAAAUAAAAAAAAGGACAGAAAGAGAGUACGGGCUUGUGAAGAAGAUGGAAAUGAAGACGAAAAUGAUGCUUCUGAUCAAAUGUACAGCAAGAAAGUGAAAACGGACCAAAAAGAAGAGACCGCUGACCUAUUUGCCCAAAGUGACGACCUAUCGGUUGCCAAAGGCAAUUUCAAAUGGAAAGAAACCAUCAAGGCAGUAUUGAAGACUUCGCCCGACCAGGAAUUGCCAGUGAAGAAACUCAGGAAAAAGGUUCUGGCUGCGUACUUCACAGUCACUGGUGACGGAAAUUUCAAAACAAAGGAGGAGGUCCUUGCACUUUUUAACAAGAAGAUCAACAAUAACCCCAAGUUUCGAGUUUUGAAAGACAGAGUUAGUCUUAAAACAUAAACCUGCAUGUCACAGCUGUUUGGAAGAAAAUGUGUGUAAACUCAAGUUUUUAGACAUUUUACUUACUGUACUUAUGGCCAAAAUAAUAACCACAAUUAUUAGUUGUCAUGUAAAAUAUGCCACUGUUGGAAAUCUACUUCCAGAGGUGGGUCAUCAUGUUUGUACCAGUAUUUUUGUUCACUAUUAGUUACAACAUUUCAGCUUUUUCUCAUUACGUAAACCUUAGCUCUAUCUAAUGUUGCUUCUGGGUUUUCUGGAGUCAGGAACAUAAUAAAAACGUCAUUUUGGAUUCAG